UGAUUUAACGAUUUUAUUGUGUUUGCACAAAAAUGUUGGAAAGGUCUGGGAAUGGAGUUACGUUCAAUUGCGGAAAUGUUUAUAAUAAUAAAGGGGUCCGGUUCAGCCGGAUCCGAAAUAUAUAGUGCCUGCAACAGAAACACGAACGAACUGAUAUAAAAUUCCAUUUAGGUAGCUGUUAAUCGUAUUUAGUGAGCCAAUCUUUUGCUUCUUUCAUAUUCGCUUUAAUAUUAUUUAAUUCUAAUUUAGCUAAUUCAUAUUAUCUUUAUUACCUGAAUAUGAGUACAUAGCUUUUGUGCAAAAAUAUGUAACGGGCAGCAUCUGCGGAAGACGAGACGAUUUUGACUCUACCCACUGACUUACUUGUUUUUUUUAGCAUAAGAAUUUUUGCAAAAAAGAAUGAAUCGAUUUUGGAAUUUGGCUUCGAUUAAAAUGAGUUGAUAACGAGGUGCAAUCUAUCAACAGUUCAAUGAAGGUCAGUUAAAGCCUGAUCUCUGCCUCUUGUUUAUUUAAUUUGACUUCCUGACCUACUGAUAAUAGUUUAAGAGUUACCGAAAUAUUGGACACCCGAGUUUCCAAUUCAUUGCCACAUUUCAGUCUACUUACGUGCGUGCUGAGUGCAGUUGAGAUUCGCAUUUUAAUUUGAAAGUCAAAGUGCUAUCAAAAUGAAAUGUGUUAUGUUUAUAUAUAUUCUAUUUACAAACCUUAUACUGAUCAUAGCUAAAACAGAGUUUAACGAAAACGAGGUAAAAGACACAUUAUUUAUUAAUUUGUGUGUGCACUGCAAAAAAUAAAUCAUACUUUUUUAUAAGUCUUGUUCGGUAACCAGAAUAGCAGAGGAGGAAUGUGGAAAGUACACCUAUAAAUCUGUGAGACCAUUAUUAAAGUUCAUACAUCAGAUGAAGGAUGAAAUUGAGAACAAUAACAAUAAAGUUGAAGGCAAAGACAGAGAAAUCAAGCAACUGCAGGAAAAGCUUAACCAACGUAAUGAAUUGGUCAUCGAGGAACUGAGAGCUCAGAAUGACUUCUACAAACAGACUAUCAAAGAGCUAACGAGCAACGUCUUAUUGAUAAAAGAAGAAAUGGGUAAACUCACUUCCAAUGCCUUUAAAAUCAAAGAAGAUCCUAAGAAGACAAUUAAUGAAAAGGACCAACGAAUAACCGAAAUCAAGAACGAAAUCAGCUACUUUGCCAAGAAAUUAAAAAACUACGAAGAGAAGAUCGUUUACAGUGAAUGCACCGACAUUGCUGAUGCUCCGGGUAUUCGUAAGAUUAAACCGGAUCAUCAAGAUCCGUUCAAUAUACUAUGUGAUAGUGCGACGGCGGGUCCUGGCUGGAUGGUUAUUCAACAGCGAAUCAAUGGCAAGGAAAAUUUCUUUAGGAAAUGGGUUACAUACCGUCAAGGGUUUGGUGCCUUUGAUGGUGACUUCUUCUUAGGACUUGAGAAAAUUCAUCGCUUGACGAGCGCCCGUCCCCAUGAGCUUUACAUACAUAUGGAACAAUUUGAUGGUAUCAUCAAAUACUACAGAUAUGAGCAAUUUGCUAUCGCUGGCGAGGUAGAUCAAUACAAACUAAUCACCUUGGGUAAAGCUGAGGGCAAUGCAACAGACGAUUACUUGGCUCACCACAGAAAUAUGAAAUUCACGACAUACGAUCGCGAUAAUGAUGCUUGGAAUGAUGGCAACUGCGCAAGCAAUCAUCGUGGUGCCUGGUGGUACAGUUACUGUGCAGCUAGCAAUUUAAAUGGCAAAUACUAUAAUUAUAAGAAGCAAGGAGCUGAUGCCAUUUUUUGGGAUACCUAUGAGUCUUUGAAAAAAGUCAAAAUGCUUAUAAGAGCCAAAGGGCUUGGUAAAUUGUAAUAGUUUUAUUUCAAAACAUAUACAAUACUUUGAAAAGUACGAUAUUCUAACAAACUUCAUUAUUCAAUUGUGUACUAUAUCAAUGGAAUCAGUGCGAUAAGCCCGAGAGAAACUAUAUUAAAGAAAAAAGUUAUAUAAAAAAGUAAAUAAUGUAUGCUAGUAUAUUGAAUAUUAAGUAUUUCUGUCAAUAUAUUAAUUUGUCAAUCUAAUAUUUCGUCAAAUCAAUCAUGAGUCCGUCAAUAAAUCAAUUCUUCAAUCCAGAAAUCUUUCAAUGUGUCCAUCUUUCAUUUAAUCAAUCCAUCAAUUCUUUAAUCCAUAACUCGUCAAUCGUUACGCCAAACUAUCAAUCCACCAAUAUGUCAAUUCAUUUCUCAAUCCGUUCGUCCGUUUAGUAGAUCCAUUAAGUUGUUAAUCCAUCUAUUCGUCAAUCCGUCAAUCUGAUAUUUCGUCAAUUCAUAAAUCAGUCAAGCCGUCCAUCAAUCUGUUAAUUCAUAAAUCUGGCAAUCCAUCAAUCCGUCCUCUCAUCCCUCUAUAAAAUACAUCAAGCACUCAGUUCAAUCCGAUAAUCGUUCAAUAUUUCAAUCCCUCAAUUCCACAAUCUAUCACUCCUUCAAUCUUUUUAUUAACCUAUCAAUCCGCUGAUCACUAUAUAAAAUCGUCAAUAUCUGAGUCCGCCAAUCUGAAAUUAAGCAGCAUACGAUCAAUGGGGGUAUGAACUCAUCAAAUCCACAGACCAGCGCAAAUGUAUCUGUACUAGUAUCUGAGGCCAACGGCGACAAACGCAAAGGUUAACGUAUCUUUGUGGCGCCUAUGCAAAUGCGGCGGCUGCUACUUUCAUUUUGCUGCGUCUGAUAAACCAAAAGCCAAAAACCAAAAACGUGCGAUUGCUGCAAUCGAGCGACAGACCAACAGACCGACAGCCAGCCGCCGACUUUGGCUGUCGUCAAGAGCCGCCAGCAAAAUGUAUGCACAAAUACGCGUGCAUGCGUAUACAUAUAUAUUUACAUAUGCAUGCGCAUAUCUACAUAUGUAUUUGUACGUGAGUAAUUGACAUUCAUUUCCUCCUUGGCGUCAGCGUUGCCGUCGACGCGUAAUUUCACGACGCGCCAGCGCCGACGUCACAGAUUCAAAGCAGAAGACAAAGGCGAAAACUGAGCGCAGUGAGUCGUUGAAGUUUGCUGUUGCCAAGCGGCAGCAGCGGCGGCAACAACAACCAAAUGAAACUCCGAUCAUCAUUUCGCAGUCGCCGUCGGCGUUGCCUUUACCGCUUAGCAACCACCAACUAAAUUAAGCAAACAUCAAGUCAGGCAAAGUCAAUUUGGAACAAUGUAAACGAAGCAUUUGUAGCGAUUUCCCAAGAUCGCCAAAUUACAUUGCUUUAUUAUCAAAUUCGUAGUGAUGUAGGGUAUCUACUGAUGCAGCCACAGAGGAAUCGAGAAAUUUGUGGCGGAUUUUAGAAGAAUCGCUUAAUCGAAUCGUAGCGUUAUCAAGCCCGCGAGCAUAAUAAGUACCAAAACAUUUUAUAAUUGCUAUAGGGUAUCUUCGAGUCGAAUACUUACAGCGGCUCUAUGCGAAACCACCGCAACGCUUCAGUUAAUCGAAAGAGUAGCUAAAACGUAAGCAACCACAGCAACAAUACAGAGUUGCCCAUCGGCCACUGGCGACGUCGUCAUUUGAAUGACAAGAGCCAAUUCCACUUCUCUAAUGCACGACUGUUGCCAUGCGCCGCUGGCGGAAUGGAAUAGGUCGGUAGGCGAGGGGUAGAGGGUUGCAUCAGUCGCAGACAUUGUUAAUUCAUUGUCGUUGCCAUUGUUUAUACAAAAAUUAAAAAGCUACCUUGCAAAUGCAGUAGAAAAUGUUUGGCAAAGCUUGUCGAAUUU